ACACGUAGGACGUAGAAUUUCUACAUUGCAAUGCAUCUUGAGUCACGCUACUUUGCGUGUUAAAAUUGAAUACACAAUCGAUUGUACUUUACAUGAGUUGAUAUAAUAAACGUUUCGUGAAUAUAAGAAUCGACUAGUCCGUAAUUAAACAUUGAGCUUUCUUUGUUCGUAUCAUUAUCUCUAUUAUCACCGGUGUCAUAACUUAUCAUUCUCAAGGCACGUCAGUUCUUAUGUUAACGUAGCAACAAGUUCAAUAUUCUGUAUUCAGUGUAAAGCCGCGCGACGACAAACUCUGUCUCACCUCACGCAAGCUCGCGUGACGUGCACGAACGUGUCGCGACAGGUUCGAACAAGUCUCGAAGGAGCAACACCACCCCCUUCAUACUAGAAAUCCGGGCUGUAUCCUAGAGAAAGAGAAGAGACCCUCCUUUAGAAAACUUAAGAAAUCGGAGUCACGUGGAACAAGUAAGCGAGGAUUCACCGCGUAGAAGGUCGAAUGGGGGUGAUCACGGGGGUGUGCGCGCACGUGUAUGUGUAUCACGAAGGGGCCCCUGCGAGCAGGGUGCUGCGAGGACCGAGGUAGGUGGUGGGCGAUCGGGCGGUGAAGGCGGAGGAGGGAGAAGACCGGCAGAUGGUCGGCGUGGACCCCGACGUGGGAAGCUCCGAAUUCUCCGAGUUCCCACAGCCAGAGUGCACCUGCCUCCCCCACUCUGCACCCCGUGCAGCCUCGACGGGGCUAUAUAAGGACGGGGUUGCUCGUACUAAGGUACCAUUCGCUCACUAGCCUUUCGCUUCAAAGCGACUUGCCCGAAAGCACAUAUUCCGCUUUCAAGUUCUCCCGCCAAGUUCCUAUCGAACGACAGUUCGUGCCACGUGUUCCGAGUUUCGACAGUUCAGAAGAAACCGGUUCGUGUACCGUGGUCCGAAGGAGAACACACAAUCAGAGAGAAAGAGAAAGAGAGAGGGAGAGAGAGAAAGAAGAAAGAUGGCCGCUGCCACUAUCAUGAGCGAACCUGCGCUGUUCGACUUCGAGCUCAACGACGUCUUCGAGAACGAGUUCAACGAUAAUCUGUACAACCUGAAGAUGUCAGAAGACAAGGCCGUGAACAGUCGCAAGAGCAGACGCAUACUGAAACCGCUGAAGCCACUAUUGCGAAUGCUGAAGAAGCGCACGAGCAGUUACAUCAAGAAAAACAAACAUCAGGCGGCUGUGCCUCAGGUGGGGAUCUUCACCGAGGAGAUCGAGAACCAGAACAACGCCAACGAGGCGCUGGAGCGUAGACUCCUGCAGGAGCUACGGGACGCCGAGGAGGGAGCCGCCAUCACCGUCUGCCUGGACGGACAGAUGACCGUCGUGCCGGUUGUGCCUGGUCAGUGCUACGUGCCGGUGCAUUUCGCCCAUACUCACGCUGGCGACUUCUACUGGACAACUCUCAGCAUGGCCGACCGGGACCUGUGCUACAAGGAACGCGCCUUCUCGCAGUACCAGCUUCCCGAGGUGCAAGUGGCGUGAGGUGUCAUCGUCGAGAACGACAGCAUCUACCUCAAAGGCGAAUCAUCUGAGCUGAUUACACGAGAUUCGCUGAACUUCCUCCCGCGGAAGCGUCCUCGAGGUCAAGAAUUGACGCUGUCAAUCGAGAGUUGUGGGAUGACAGCUAAUAGACAUUUCGAAACUGUGAUCGUUAGGUUAUAUCACUUAGAUUUUAGUUCAUUGACAAUUGACUGAUCGAGAACACAUGACAGCAUUCCUCAUAGAUGUAAAAUUAAUACGUCAAAGAGAAAGAGAGAUGCGUUAUAUUUUUUUUAUUUACUUUUUUUUACAUUGCGGCGACACGUUUGUCGCAUUUGUGAUAUUUGUACCUAUAUUUUAUAGAGAGAAUUAUUCCGAGAUUGUGAUAUCGGCUUUAAUGUCAGCAAGUAUCGCUGACACUUUCCUAUUUGUCUUCCAAUAUGUUUGUUUAAAAUAAAUGUUACUUAUAAGAGCAAAUGUACCUUGUGCCAAUUAAUAUUUCCCUUCAUCUUAGUCUUAAGUAUAAUUUUAAGAAUAUCAUAGAAAUCUUAAAUCAUAUAUAUUAUUUAAAAUACAUAUUUUCUAACCGUAAAAAAAAGAAAGGUUAUCAAAGAGAUACAUUUAAAAAAUGCUUUUAAGUUUGACGUUCUUAAAAAUCGUUUCUUUGCGUCAUAUUAAUCACAUUAUUAAUUAUAAGAUUAUUUUCAAAAAAUUUCUCUUUCAAAGGGGUUUCUUUUAAAAUUCAUUUCAUUAAAUUCAGCGAUUCAAAAAUUCCUCAAGAACGAACGCAAAAGAUUUGACCAAGCAUUUACCCUAAGUUCAAAGUAACGUCGGACAAAAUUAUUUCGUCCACAAAAAGAUGAGAUGAAAGAGAUUUUAGGCGGGAAGAUUUCUUCCCAAUGUGAGUGUAUGAAUGAAUGGAGCACGUCGAAGGAACCUGUGACUGUCAGGUAUAAUUUUCUAAAGAGAGAGAAUCUCAAAUAUUUUAAAUUAUUUUUUUCUAAAUUUUGAUUUAACCAUUCAUUACUAAAUAGAGUUAUUGUUACAUUUAUAACAUUUCAACAUUUUUAUGUCAAUAAAAUAGUCUCAAACUCAGUUACACUUUUUAAUAUAAUACAAUAAGUUAUAGAGAUACACGAUAUUAAACUUCUUUAUAAUAAAUUUAGAAAUAAAAAAAAAGUAAACAAUAGUUCGUUUAAUCAAACAUUUUAUACAGAUAAUCAACAUUAUGCGCACGUGUUGACCAUAUGUGACAGACACAUGUCCAUUGUGGAAUAGAUAAGGGUGCAUGCUCGCAUGAUUUUCUACAGCAGACACAAGGGUAGGAAAAACCCCAACCCUUAAAAAGAUAAUACAAGAUACAACGAUGCUCAGUAACCGCACAUUGAAAUAUAAUAGAAUAAUCGGAGGGGUGCAUAAUUUGCAAAUUAUACGAUAGGGCUGAUACAAUUUUGUUUGCUUAAUAGAGACACUCAAUCGUGAAACAGUAUCACCUGACACUACCUGAAUUUAUAUAAUUUUUUAAUUUUGUAUAAAUAAGCAAUUUGGAUUGUUUGCAGUGAGAACAAUAAGCUUAUUAUUUUAUUAUUAAGACUUAAAUUUAAAAAAAUACGAUAUAUGCAAUUCUUACAUAUUAAUAUUUAUCUAAUUUAUAUUGUUAUAAAAUAUAAAUAAUUUCCUCUCUCUCUCUCUCUCUCUCUCUCUCUCUCUCUCUCUCAAUAUAAUUAAUACAAUCAAUAUAUAAUAUACUAUUAUAUAUAGAUAACAAAUAACCAAACUCAUGCCAUGCUAUCUUUUCUAAUUCAGUUUCACUUCUAAUUUAAUUUAAAAAAUCAAUAAAAACACGGCAAAAUAUAUUAUUAAAAUAAUAAACUUUUAACAUCAAUUUUUACAUAAUUGUAGAACUGAUUAAACAAUUUAGUGACAAGGUAGCGAAAACAAGGUGACUUAUUACGUAUAAAAAAGAAAUUAUAUUUGCAGUCUUCCCUUGAUAUUGGGGUAGGUAGGAUACAGGUCAGCCUGUAGGCAAGGCAACCCUUCGGACAACCCUGCAUUAGAUACAGGUUUGCACCCGCGUUGGAGGGGCAAAAGCUUUCUUUAGCACACUCUUCCAUUCAAAGGAGGUCAGGAACGACACGGCGACAUUGUAAAAUAACUUUGUAAAGCCCGCCCGGAAUGUAUCAAUUACGCGAGUUAUUUUCACCGGCGGCAUCGCGACAUCGCGUCGAUUAAAUAAAUUAAUUCAUUAUCCUGUUACAGUUGCUCCCCUUUCCCCUCCCCAUUCGCGCCACGUUCUCUCACCUCAUUUACGGUCGUCUCACGGCUAUCCGGGCCGCGUAAAUUGGUCGGAACGAGUAUGUCGCAACCGUUCGAUAACCCUUUUUCGUAAUUACAGUGAUUAAAAUGUUUCGCGCAGGAAUUUUUCCCCGUACAAGAUCGGUCUUGCCGAAUAAUGUAUAUACGACGGGAACACCUCAACUCGCACCCGUUCGUCAUCAAAGGCAUUCGAGAUAUUCGUGAAUUUGUGUAACAGAAGAAUUUGUGUCACAAUGCUACCUCAAAUGUCAAUCCGUGACUAAUUACAUUUAAGAUUCAUAAAAUCUUACACAAACAACAAUUACGUUUAUUUAAAAAAAAAUUAUCUAAAACAAAAAAAUAAAAUUGUUUAAAAUUUGCAAAUUCAGAUAUAAUAUAUCCAAAAAGAACGACUCCGUCGAGAUAAAUAUUGAAA